AUGACUGCAGCAAGCGAAAGUUCACCUCUUCUUCCUAUCGCCGACUCGCCCAACGAGAGUGGGGCCAAGAAGCUGUCGCCAACGGCGUUCAGAAUCAUCCUCGGGUGCCUAUACGCCAACGUGUUCUUGGCGUCGGUGGACUCCACGAUGGUGGCGACGUUGCUGGGCAAGAUGGCCAGCGACCUCGACUCGCAGGAACACAUCUCGUGGGUGGCCACCUCGUACCUCCUAUCGUGUGCGGCGUUCCAACCCUUGUUUGGGAAAAUCUCGGACGUGUUUGGCAGGAAGCCUGUCAUUCUCUUCAGCACGGUGUGCUUCUUCUUCGGCUGCCUCAUGAGCGGCGUUGGCGACAACCUCACGUACUUGAUUGUGGGCAGAAUGAUCACCGGGAUUGGCGGUGGCGGCUUCUUCACGCUUGCCACCAUCUCCGUCUCGGACCUCGUGCCGACCAGAGAGAGGGGUUUGUACCAGGGCUACAUCAACAUCUUCUUCCACGCCGGCUCCGCCAGCGGCGGGGUGCUUGCGGGCAUCAUCGACGCCUACUUCGGCUGGAAGUGGGCGUUCUUAAUCCAGGUGCCCGUGUGCUUCAUCACCGGACUCGCCGUCUACCUCUGGUUUGAACUACCUCGCAAGGCUGACGCAAAUGACGACAAAACACACUGGGAAAACUUUGUCUCCUUGGACUGGACCGGGGCAGCGCUGCUGGUCACCUCAUUGCUCUCCUUGAUGAUCAUCAGUGGCACAAACGGCUCGGAGCUACCAGUCUCGUCCUACCGCUGGAAGGGCUUGGCAGCCUACACCGUCGUCGGCUUCGUGGCCUUCUACUUCUGGGAACGCAAGACCGACCAGCCUAUCAUCCCCGUCAAGAUGUUGCACAAUCAGACCAUUUUGGCAAGCUCCUUGAACUGCUGGUUCACCUGCAUGAAUAUGUUCUCCAGCUUGUUCUACUUGCCUUUCUACUGGACCAGUGUGAAGAACGUCUCUCCCUUGGAUUGCGGUUACAGAUUGAUCCCAAGCUCUUUGUUGGCCUCCUUCACCUCUGUCUUUUGCGGAUGGAUGAUCAAGAAGACCAGCAGAUACAGAUCGUUGCACAUCCUCGCCGGCUGGUGCAUGUUCCUCGGAAGUGGCAUCUUGUAUCUCUCCACAAAAGAUGACAGCUCUUUCAGAGAUAGUAUCAUUUCCCUACCAUUGAGAUAUGGUUCCGCAUCCAACAUCACCACCAUCUUGGUCGCUAUGAUCAGUGCCGUCCCGCAAUCCGAGCAGGCUCUAGUAACAUCCAUCCAGUACGGCUUCAGAUCAACAGGCUCGACCAUGGGGGUCUCGCUUGCCAGUGCGUUGAUGCAAUACAUUCUACGUGGGACCUUGGACUCCAAUUUCGACGCGUUGAAGCACGUCAAACUCCCUGACGGAUGGACCGCAGAGAUGGUGAAGGCGGCAAAGUUGCAAGCCCUAGAGAGCCCAGGUUACGCCUUUGGAGAUGCCAUUCCAGCCGUGAUACAUAACGCCAUCGUUUCUUCUUACUCUACUGCAUGCCAUGGUGUCUUCCUCUUCUUGAUCGGUACUGGUCUAGCAUCAUUGAUCUGUAUUUACUUCACAGAGGAAAACGACUUGGACAAAACUAAAUAA